CCAAGUUUACUCUCUGAUUCAAACCCAAAUUACACUCCUUGCCUUGGUAUGCCAAUCAACAACCCAUUCAAUCCAGCUGCUUUCUAUAUAAUCUGUCUUCAUCAUCUUCACACUCUCAACUUUCUUGUUUUUUUCCUCAUUUUCUUCUUUCAACAAUUGCCCCUUGAUGCUUUCUGACUAAUUGGUUUUUUUUUCUUCCAUUUUUAGCACUUGCCUGCAGAAACUUGAGCUCAACAACUCAUUUUAAUGGUGUUUCCAGAGAUUCUUGAAGUUGAAAUCCUCUGCAGUUGAGAAUAUUGUAUUCAAGUUCUUGUAUGCAAGCAUCCCGAAACGACAGACCAGCCAUGUCGAAUACGUGGUACUACCAAUCGACACAAGAAUAUGAGGUUCUAUGCAAACCCCAAUUUCAAGCUUUAGACAGUAUCAGCCAUGGAAGCAAUUUGUACAUCAAAUCGGAGCCAUAUUGCCCCCUCGAUUCUUCCUCCGCUAGCGGCAGUUGUACCACCAUCUUUAACUCGCCAAACGGCCAUGAAUCUCGUUCUCCUGUGACUGAAUCUUGUGUGACUGAUGACUUGAAUGAGUUCAGAAAUAAGCUGAGGCAAUUGGAGAGUGUAAUGCUUUCGGAUUUGUAUGAGGAUGCCGAAAAUGGAAAGUUGUUGGUUGGGAAUGGCAUCGUUGAGCUUCCCGAUAUAGAAAUCUGGAAAGAAAUGGUGGAGGGUGUUCCGAAACGGGAUUUGAAGGAGGUUCUGAUUGCCUGCGCGAAUGCAGUUUCGAAUAACGAGGUCUCGACUGCCCGAUUUCUGAUCUCGGAGCUGCAGCAGAUGGUGUCGGUUGCCGGAGAACCGAUCCAGCGGCUUGGGGCUUACAUGUUGGAAGGGCUUGUGGCUCGACUCUCGUGUUCCGGAAGCUCGAUAUGCAAAGAGCCCGCUAGCGACGACCUUCUAUCGUACACAAACAUCUUGUACGAAAUCUGUCCGUAUUUCAAGUUCGGUUACAUGUCCGCAAACGGUGCAAUAGCGGAAGCGAUGAAGGACGAAAAACGCAUCCAUAUCAUCGACUUCCGCAUCGUACAAGGGAGUCAGUGGGUCCCGUUAAUCCAGGCAUUUGCAAAGAGACCCGGUGGUCCCCCGCAUAUCAGGAUUACGGGCUUCCAUGACUCCACAAGCAAGUUGCAUAUUGUAGGUAAAAGGCUAUGCAAGCUAGCAAAAGCCUACAAUGUGCCUUUUGAGUUCCACACCGAGGUUGGGAUCGAGAGUUUCCGUGCCCAACCCGGCGAGUCUUUGGCGGUGAAUUUCGCAUUUGUUUUGCAUCGAAUGCCGGAUGAGAGCGUGAGCACUCAAAACCAUAGAGAUCGAGUGUUGAGGCUUGUGAAGAGCAUGAACCCGAAAGUUGUAACCCUAGUCGAGCAAGAAUCUAACACAAACACAGCUCCGUUUUACCCUCGGUUUCUCGAGGCUCUCGAGUAUUACCAUGCAAUGUUCGAGUCUAUCGACAUCACUCUUCCACGGCAACACAAGAAACGAAUAAACGUCGAACAGCAUUGUCUGGCUCGAGACGUGGUAAACAUAAUAGCGUGCGAGGGGAACGAGAGGGUCGAACGCCACGAGCUUCUGGGGAAGUGGAAGUUACGGUUCAGUAUGGCGGGGUUUAGCCCGAGCCCGAUGAGUCCAGUGGUGAACGGAACGAUCAAAAGGCUGCUAAACAACUAUAGUGAGAGAUACAGGGUUGAAGAAAGAGAUGGAGCCCUGUAUCUUGGGUGGAUGAACAGAGAUUUGGUUGCUUCUUGUGCUUGGAAAUGAAGAACAACACAAAUAAAAUUCAUGUCUUUUAAAAUGGGAAAUGAAGAUGUUCAUGUAAUUCAAACCAAUCUUUCUAUAAAUAG